AAAAUGGUCCUAACUCCUAACAUGUUGGGCCCAAUUUACAUGUGGUCUUCAUAAGGUAUGCUUCAUGGACAGAACUGGUCAGUAGGGCAGCAUAUUGUGAUAUCCACACAAUGCAACUGGCUAGUGUCUCCAACAAGUGUCAACACCGGUGGGCCGGACCUGGAGAAAUCCAAUCGAAAUCAUGUUGCUUUCUCUUGCAACACUGCAUGUUCAGAGCUCGUGGGCAUGUCUCUUGCCAGCCGGAGCUGAUAGCUGCUCUUGACCCGCAGGCUCCUCUUUCCCUCCACCUAUAAAUCCACCAGUUUAGCACCAAGACUUCAUCAGUCCAUCAGCAAGCUAAGCACUACAGCUUGUAGCUAAGCACCAAGACUGCUCUCUGAACUUUUAGCCACAACAGCAGGAGAAGCAACAACCAUGGUCAGUGCCAAGAGACUUGUUCAAAUGGCGAAGAAGUGGCAAAGAAUGGCGGCCCUCGCGAGGAAGCGGAUCACGUCACCGGCGAAAGAAACCCAAGGGUCACCGUGCAGCACGUCGUCGGUGGCCAGCAAGGGCCACUGCGUGGUGUACUCGGCCGACAGCAAGCGGUUCGAGGUCCCGCUGGCGUACCUCGGUACAGCGAUCUUCGGCGAGCUCCUGAGCCUUUCCCAGGAGGAGUUCGGGUUCGCCGGCGAUGACGGCAGGAUCACGCUUCCCUGCGACGCUGCCGUGAUGGAGUACGUGGUGUGUUUGCUCAGAAGAGACGCAUCAGAAGAGGUCCUGAGGGCGUUCCUGAGCUCCAUGGCGAGGCCUUGCCACUGUGGAAAUGGAUUGGGUCAAUCUGUGGGAGUUAGCCAGCAAGUUGCUGUUUCUAGCUUCUGAAGAUUAGCGCUCAGAUUGGUUUCUUUUCCUGGCAUGAUACAUGUAAAUAGUUAGAUCUGAGAUAUUGGAUGUGAGAACCGCCCAAUUUGCUCUCGGUUUAGG